GGAGAGCACCAGGAGCCAGGAGCCAGGAGCCAGGGGGAGGCAGCGGGCGUGCAUCCUCACGCUGAUGAUCAUCGACCUUCAGCAGCCUAACUUGUGUCAUGGAGCAGCCGGCCAGCAGCUGCAUGAGGAGCGCCCACCCGGGCAGUCCCAUCUGGGGGUGCAUGAGGAACCCUGCGGGCCCCAGCCUGCAGUCGCCCUACCAGCAGGCCCCCUUCUCCCUGCACCAGAAGCCUGACUUCCUGGCCUACACGGACUUCUCCGGCUCCUGCCUGGUGCCGCACGCCGCCUACCCGCGUGACGACAGACUCUACCCGGAGAGCCCGGGCGGCUACCAGAGGCCCGAGUGGCACUUCAACCCCUGCCAGACCAGGGCCCGGGCCCCGGAGGCCUGCCCGCCUGUGGCUGGCGUAGAGGUGGCGGGGCCCCAGAUGGACAGUGUGGGGGCCGCGCCCGGGGGCCCCGAGGGGGAAUACUCACCCCAGAGCGUGACCUCGCCCGACUCCGACAAGAAGAGCGCCAACAAGAGGAAGAGAGAGGUCACAGACACGCCGGAGUCGGGCUUGAAGGCGGAGUCUAACUGCAAGGCCAGGAAGGAGCGCACGGCCUUCACCAAGGAGCAGCUGAGGGAGCUGGAGGCGGAGUUUACGCACCACAACUACCUGACACGCCUCCGCCGCUACGAGAUCGCCGUCAACCUGGACCUCACCGAGCGACAGGUGAAGGUGUGGUUCCAGAACCGGCGGAUGAAGUGGAAGCGGGUGAAAGGAGGACAAUCGUCUUCGCCCAACCACCUGGAGAACGACGACGUGGACUCGCCAACCUCCGACUGACAAGACUUUGAUGAUGAUUGUUUGCAGAGAAUCUUUGUUUAUUGUUGAAAUGAAAAGUGGACAUACAUAUACACAUACAUACAGUCUGCAUACGUACAUACUCUACAUAUAAACAGUACAUACAUACAUACAUGCAGUGUGCAUACUACUUGUGUGUGUGGACAUUCUUCUUCUCUUUUUCAACUCUCACUUUUUCAUACUUCUGAAUGGAAAAA